AUGUUGCAGAGGCUUCGUACUAGAGAUCAAUUGCACAAGUUUCAGCCGUUAAUGGACCAAUCUUGUCUGCUUUGUGGAGGUGAUAUUGAGAGUAUUGGUCAUCUCUUUUUUCACUGUCACUAUAGCAGUAUUUGUUUGCAGAAGCUUAAGCAGAGAUUGGGUUGGAGUUCAGCUUCCUUAAACCUGUUGCAUCUUAUCCGUUGGAUCCAUAAAGCUAAGAGGUUGAGUGUUGUUCGGAAGAGCAUCAUAUAUGCUGUUCUUGCAGCUCUUGUUUAUCACUUAUGGAGAGUUCGAAAUGAUGUGUUUUGGAGCAACAAAUUAUGGCAUGUAGAUAAUAUUGUACAAAGAGUUGUUAGAGAGAUUCAGUUUAGGAUUUCUCUUGUAAUGCCUAAAAAGGCUAAAGCUAUAGAUAGGGAAUGGGUCACUAAGUUCAGCAAGAGCUAG